AGAGCGCCAUUGUAUUCGUUGUUAGCCGUUGAAUGUAGGUGGUUUGGGAUUGAGGUGACAGGUUAAUACCGCUUCCAUUAUUGGCAGCUGAAUAAUGUCUUCUGAUAAAGUUUGCAAGACAACGGAAGAAGAAAUCGAAAAUGAUAGUGAGAAGGGUAGUGACAGUGACGACUCUUCGGAUGAAGAGGGAGGUAUCAGACUCGGUGACAUUUAUAUCCCACCUGGUCCAAAACCAGUAUGUUCCUUUGAUAGUAAGGGACCGAGAUUGAUGAUUACACACAUUGAUAACGAAAAUUUCAAAAGUUAUGCUGGAAGGCAAAUAUUAGGGCCUUUCCAUCCGUGUUUCAAUUCCAUUUUGGGUGCCAAUGGAAGUGGUAAAAGUAAUGUCAUUGACUCACUACUAUUUGUCUUUGGAUACCGUUCUACAAAGAUAAGAUCGAAGAAGGUUUCUGUUCUCAUCCACAAAUCUGAGACACGCCAGGACAUAAAGAGCUGUUCAGUAGUCGUCCAUUUUGUUCAAGUGAUAACGAAAGACUAUCAGCACGAGAUUGUAAAGAACUCCUCAUUCAGUAUUGGACGUACAGCAUUUCUGGAUAAUUCAUCCUAUUACACACUAAAUAACCGCCGUGUCAAAUUCAAUGCUAUAUCUAAGUUGUUACGUGAGCAUGGAAUUGAUCUGGAUCAUAAUCGCUUCCUUAUUCUUCAGGGUGAAGUAGAACAGAUAUCAUUAAUGAAACCUAAGGGCAUGACUGAAAAUGAAACUGGUCUCCUGGAAUUUUUAGAAGACAUAAUUGGAACCUCAAGAUUUAAGGAACCCAUAGCAAAAUUAAGAGACAAACUUGAAGAAUUAAAUACACAAAAAACUGAUAAAAUGAACAGUUUAAAAAUUGUUCAGAAAGAGAGAGAAGAGUUGGAAGGACCGAAAGAGGAGGUUGUAUUGUAUCUGAGGACAGAAAAUGAGAUUGCAAAGCACACAAAUGAGCUAAUGCAAAAAUAUAUGAAAGAGAAUCAGCAGCUGAUUGAUAUAAAGGAACAGGAGAAGGCUGAACUCCAAAGUAAAUUGAAGGAGAAAGGAGAAGAAGUCAAAGAAAUACAGCUCCAGAAGAAGAAGGUGAAAGAACAAAUCCAGGGAUUAAACCAAGAGAGAGAUAAGCUUAUUGCUGAGAAGGACAAAUUAAAUGCCCAGUUUCAGGCAUACAAUAAUGAGGAUGCCAGCCUCCAAACAGAAGUUGAUGUGUCUAAGAAGACUAUUUCGAGAACCAAUGAAUUACUUGCAGAUGAAAAGAAAAAGUUACUAGGUUACGAAAAUCAGCCUGGUAGAUACAAGGGUGAUGUGGAGAAUUUAGUAAAGCAAGAAAAGCAACUCGUGGAGGAUUAUGAGAAAAAGGAUGCUGCACUGAAGAAAGUGCUUUCAGGAAUAAAAGAGGAGACAGAAGUUCUUUGUAAACAAAAGAAUGAGUUGCAAACACAACUUGCAGAGCUGCAGAAAGUGGUGGACGAGAAGAAGUCACAGUAUGAAAUAGCAAAAUCAGAAUUAGAUGUAUAUGUGCUGCCAGAAAAGACAGAAAAUGAAAAAUUGAAGCAAUUAAAGAAUGCCUUACAGGAGGCGCAAGAAUUAUUGCAAGCAAAAAGAGAGGAAGAAAAACAAAUAUUGCAGAAAUUGCCAGCCAUGGAGAAGCAGAUGAUGCAGACUCGCACUGAACGAGAGCAAUUGGAACACGAAGAGAGAAAAUGUUCAGAGGAACUGCGUGUUCUGAGAAUGAAAUUAGAUGAAGCGCAUUCUGCAAUGAGUAUGUUACACUCAAAUAAUAAGGUUGUUGAUCAUUUGAUGCAGUGCAAAGCAAAAGGAUUUGUCCCUGGCCUUUUUGGAAGGCUGGGAGAUCUUGGUGCCAUAGACAAGAAAUAUGAUGUGGCAAUUUCAACAGCUUGUGGUCAACUGGACCAUAUUGUUGUUGAUACAGUGCGAACAGCUCAGAAGUGCAUUGAGCUGUUACGUCAGUCCAAAGUUGGACAGGCUGCUUUCAUUGCCCUUGAACACCAAGAGAAAUUUCGUUCGGCUUGUGAAAACCCACCAAAAACACCUGAAAAUGCCCCACGCAUUGUGGAUUUGGUCAAAUUAGAGGAUGAAAGAAUUCGGGUGGCUUUUUACUUUGCCCUUCGUGAUACCCUUGUUGCAGAUAAUGUGGCGCAGGCAUCAAGAAUUUCUUUUUCAGGAGGUCGUCGUUUUAGAGUGGUUACACUACAGGGAAACAUUGUUGAAGCCUCAGGUGCAAUGAUUGGAGGAGGUCGUGGAGUACGGAAAGGUCGAAUAGGCCAAAAAGUCGCUGUGCGUGCAACCACUGUUACACAAGACACUGUGGAAGAACUUGAAAGAAAAAUGAGGGAAUGCCAGCAAAGACUAUCUACAGUUACAGAGAAUAUGCAGGAACUAGACAGAAUGAUGUCUCGUGCUAUGCCAGAAAUGAGGAUUCUGGCUACGGAACUACAGAAAAUACGCAGUGCUAUUAAGACAUUGGUGGAUGAAAUGCCUACCCUCGAGACUCAGGUAAAGAAACAAGAACAAAAAGUGAAGCAAGUUCUACCUGAACUAUCAAAAGUCAAAGCUCUGACUGCAAGACUACAGGAAACAAAAGAAGCUUAUGAUGAUGCCUUAGAAAAAGCACAGAAAGUAAAUGUGAAAGUGGAAUCUAUUAAUCUACAAAUAGAAGGCGAAGUUGGUAAAAAAGUUGAUACAGCCCGCAAACAGCUUGAUGAAAGUAAAAAGAAACUAACGAAAAAGCGUCAGGAUAUAGGGAAAACAAAUGGACUACUUAAAACUGCUGAAAGGAAUGCUGAAAAAAGUAAGAAGAAAAUAGAAGAGAUGGAAAAGGAGGUUAAAGAAGCAGAAAAAAUAAUAAGUGUAUGUCGAGAAAAGAGGACUCGCCUUGAGGACCUAGCAAAAGAAGUGUUGGUCAAGAUGAAAGAUGUAAUUGAGGAAAUUUCAGACAAAGAGACAAAGAUUUCAGCUUUACAAAUGGAGAUUGCAAGUAUAGAAAAGACAGAGUUUGAAAGAAGAGCAGAAGCACAAGAAAUUGAAGGUGAUAUUGAUGUCAAACAGAGAACUAUUGCAGAAUAUAAAGGCAAAUUUCCUGGAAUGAAAAAGACGAUGAAGUCCUUAAAAAUGAACCCAAUUCCUGGUGAAACAGUAAACCUUCAGCUUCCUACUUUGACAGAUGAGCAAAUUGACCAACUCGAUGUAAGCCAACUGCAGUAUAAGCUUGCUGUAUUGGAAGGUACACUACCACAAGAGAAACCCGAUUUUGCAAUAUUAGAGGAGUACAUGGCAAAGGAGAGGCUGUUCCUGGAACGUUUUGCAGAGCUUGAUGAGGUUAGGCUGUUACAAGAAAAAGCUCUUUUUCUCUAUGAUGAAGCAAGAAAACAACGCAUUCUGGAAUUUAUGACUGGAUACACUAUCAUAACCAGGAAACUGAAGGAACUGUAUCAGAUGAUAACCCUUGGUGGGGAUGCUGAAUUUGAGCUUGUUGAUUCAAUGGAUCCCUUCACAGAAGGAAUAGUUUUCAGUGUUCGGCCACCACAGAAGUCAUGGAAGAACAUAUCAAAUUUAUCAGGUGGUGAGAAAACACUGUCAUCACUUGCACUGAUAUUUGCUCUGCACUUUUACAAACCUUCUCCAUUGUUUGUUAUGGAUGAAAUCGAUGCAGCAUUGGACUUCAAAAAUGUGUCAAUUGUGGGUAAUUACAUUAAGAACCGCACCAAGAAUUCACAAUUCAUAGUUAUUUCUUUAAGAUCAAAUAUGUUUGAACUUGCUGAUCGUCUUGUGGGCAUUUUCAAGGUGUUUGAUUGUACAAAAAGUAUAACAAUAAAUCCUGAUGUCUAUGCGAUAGAAGCUCCUGUUCGAAGAGAAUUGCUGGAGGAGGAAAUUGAAUAUGAAAUUGUAGAAAAUGAAAAUGAGGAAGCAGUGAAAGAUGACGAUGGAUUGCUGGACCUUCCAAACAACAGAAAAGCACUAAAGAGAAGAGUUAAAGUAAAGAGAAUUGGAGAUAAUGGUGAUCAACCUUCACUACAAAUUGUGCUCCAAACUGCUUUCAGUGCCAUGAUGAAGGAACUUGAAAAAAGCUCUCCAGUACUUCCUACCAGACAAGAAAUAGAAGAACGAAUUCGGAGAAGAUCUGGUAUUGAUGCUGCUUAUGAUAAAGAUGCAUAUGCUGCAUUGAUGGAAGAAAUGAGGGUCAAGAAGAAGGAUCGGAAGAGGGAAGGAACUGGUAUUCAUAAUGGUAAAACAAAAGUAGCCAAAAAAAUCUCUUAUGCUGAUCUAGAUCUUCAUAACCAAGAAAACCUUAUAAAGGAUGAAGGCCAGGAGAUGAAAACAGAAAUUGAUGCAGCCAGUCUUAGUGUAAAAGAAGAAAUGUCAGACUGACAAUUACUGAACGGUACGACACCACACUCAACGGUACACUUCCGGUUGUAAUAAUUUCCAUUCCCUUGGUGCACUUUCCUUUCAUUUUAUUAUGUUGUACAUAACACAUUUUUAUUAAUUAUGUAUGGUUUACAACUUGCAGUACUUGAAGUAUGGUGCUUGUACGUUCUUCUGUUUCAAAUAUUUCACUAUAUGUGAUGGGACUGAUAAACUAAUUCAAAGACAAACUUUGAAUCACAAAAAGAUGUGCACUAGUACAAAUUACGUUUGGACUUGAAGUUGUAGCUUUGACUAUCUGCCAUGACCAUUAAGAUCUCAUGGGUGUGACACCAAAAAUUGAUAGCUGUCACUGUUGAUGUAAGUGAUAACUUGUCCUCUUUCAACACUCCAGAAAAAACUGUACAUUUUUUGGUAAUGAUCACUAGUUGGAAUGAAAACAUAGAAACUGUAUAACCUAGAAUCCAGUGUGCAAUGAAAGUAGAAAAUUAGCUAUUACUCAUAUAUAAAAUAUAUGGAAUACACACAGAAAUCAAGUAGUUUUCAAAGCAGUUUGUAAUGUAGUGACACUGCUUUUCAUUUAAAAAGGUAAUAAAUGCUCUUUUUGUGAUCUCGGUGAAAAAUUGAUGUCCUUGUUAGAUUAAAUAUUCAUCUAAGAUUAAUUUUGAUGUGCUUCACUUUAAAAACAACUUUACAGUGUUACAGCUAUCACUGUUGAUGUAAGUGGUAACAUGUCCUCUUUUUAACACUCCAGGAAAAACUGAAUUUUUAUGCUCAUCAUCACUAGAUGGAAUGAAAACAAACUAUUACCUUAGAUUCAAGCAUGCAAUGAAAGUAGAAAAUUAGUUAUUAUUGGUAUAUAAAAUUUGUGGAAUUGACACUGAAAAAAUGUAGUUUCAAAAGCAGUUUUUAAUGUAGUAAGACUGUUUCUGUGAAACUAAAUAAUAAAUGCUGUCUGUGUAAAAAAAAAUUGAUGUCUUUAUAUUAAAUAUUCAAUGAAAAUGCAUUUUGAUAUGUUUUACUUUAAAAACAACUUUACACUGACUGUAGUGCAUGUGUACAUUUUACAUAUGCUUGUAUAACUUCACGCACAUGUUGAGUGAGACCCAGAUCGAACCUGUACUGAGAAUUAAUGACCAUUGUUCUUGUACAUGGACUAACUUGAGUGAGGGGCAUAGGUGGGUUUCCAUGCUCAUUUAGGCAAAUGCCAGGAUGGUCCCUAAUCUCUUGACUUGGAAAAGGUGAUAUACAAACAGAUAAAUACAAAUACAUACGUAUUCAGAGCACACCUGAAUAACCUCUCUCAGAGAAUUGUGAUACGAAAUAAUAAUAUAAAAAUGAAUUUGUCAUUUUAGGUAGGAGAGCCCCUAAUGACAGUAUAACCAUUAGGAAAGAUAAUGGUAACUGAGUUGGAUUAUUCUGAGAACAGCCAAAUUGAAGCAAAGAAAUUCAGUUCAAUCCAUACAUGGCUGUGUUUAUUAUUACUAUUGUUGUUGUUGUUAUUAUUGUUUAGUGUCUAUACCAUUAAGUUAACUAAUUCAAGGUGGUCAUUAUGAAUCAGAUCACUUGCAGUAAAUGUACUCAGUCUUUCAGCAACUACAUAGCUCUUGUUAACCACAAGACAUUACAAUAAUAUGCUCUUGUAACCAAUAAAGAUAAAACAGCUUCAUACUUCA